CUCCGCCAGCUACAGCCCGGCCCCCAUCCCAGCAGCUGCCUAGAAAGGCAACUCUCGGCUUUGACAGGCAGCUCCGCAGCCAAAUCCCUGUUCCCGUCGCCUUGCUCCAGAACACAGAACAGAAGGUUGCGAGACUUCGGCCCUUUGUAGGGUAAAGAGAAGCAGCAGCGACGAGAUGGAGCCCCCGUUGCUGGUAAACACUGAAGACAUAGCUGCUUUGUACCGUGAACUUAGCCAAUUCCCAUCUCUUUCCAGUGCUUGUAUUGGACCUGAGAUAACAACGCAGUAUGGGGGGAAAUACUGCAAUAUUUACACAGAAUGGUCUCAGCGGGACUUGGAAAGAGCUGAAAAUGUGAAAUUCUGCCGUCAGUACCUCAUCUUCCAUGACAGCCAGUCCAUCGUAUACUCUAGCCCCUCUGGCAACUGCACUGAAAUAAAGGGAGAACUACUCAGCCGUGAUUCUCCCAGUGGAGCUCAGAAAGCUGUUCUGCGAAAGACCAGCAAUAACAAAGGCGAGGAAAAACAGUUCCUAGAGGUGUGGGAAAAGAACCGCAAGGUGAAGAGUAUUGAGUUAUCAGCUCUGGAGAAACACGGCCAAGUGUAUGAAGAUGACCAGUUUGGCUGCUUGGCUUGGUCACACUCGGAGACUCACCUUUUGUAUGUGGCAGAGAAGAAGCGCCCUAAGGCAGAGUCCUUCUUUAAGGCAAAAGCUCCCGAACUGAGCGUUGAAGAGGAGCUGACCAAGACUGAGCAAGGAGACAAAGCCAUCAAGGGGGAGCAGUUUGUAUUCUACGAAGACUGGGGAGAGACCCUGGUGGCUAAGAGUGUCCCUGUGCUGUGUGUAUUGGACAUUGAGAGCAACAAUGUCUCAGUGUUAGAGGGUGUUCCAGAGCACAUCUCUCCUGGCCAGGCUUUCUGGACUCCUGGUGAUACAGGGGUGGUAUUUGCAGGCUGGUGGCAUGAGCCCUUUCGUCUGGGAUUGCGGCACUGCACCAAUCGCAGGUCAGCUCUCUUCUAUGUGGAUCUGACAGGCGGUCGUUGUGAACUGCUUUCAGAUGAUACCAAGGCUAUUUGGUCUCCUCGCUUGAGUCCAGAUCAGUGUCGCAUUGUAUUUCUGGAAAACAUGGCUUAUGGACCACACCAACAAUGCAGCCGCCUGUGCAUGUAUGAUUGGUACACAAAGCUCACUUCUACUGUGGUGGAGAUUGUGCCUCGGCAGAGCCAAGGUGAAUUCACAGGGAUCUACAACACAGCAUUGCCUGAGCGUUGUUGGGCAGCAGACAGCCAGAGGGUUGUAUUGGACACUGUACAGCGCAGUAGGCAGGAGCUGAUUGUGGUGGAUAUGCGGUCAGGCAGUGUGUGUUCUCUCACCAAGGGGUCCCCUCUUGGAAGCUGGACACUGCUCACCAUUGACAGAGAUCUGCUGGUAGCCAAAUUCUCUACUCCAAACUGUCCUCCCAGGCUUAUGGUGGCCUUCCUGCCUCCUGCUGGCAAGGAAGCUGAAGUAAACUGGGUGUGCCUGGAAGAAUCUAAUCAAAUCCAAGAAAUCACUUGGAAUAUCCAUACACUGCACCCUCCUCCAGAACAAGACAACACCCAGUAUGCAGGGCUUGAUUUUGAAGCCAUCCUACUCCGGCCCACUGAGGCACCAGAGAAGGUCAAAUUCCCAUUAGUGGUGACCCCUCAUGGAGGCCCUCACUCUGUGUUCACCAUCAGCUGGAUGCUUUACCCAGCAGUGCUCUGCCGGAUGGGCUUUGCGGUGCUGCUGGUGAAUUAUCGAGGAUCCCUGGGCUUUGGCCAGGACAGUGUGGCCUCCCUGCCAGGGAAUGUGGGCACUCAGGAUGUCAAGGAUGUGCAGUUCUGUAUGGAACAAGUGCUACAGAAAGAGCCCCUAGAUCCACAGCGUGUAGCCUUGCUUGGUGGCUCCCAUGGAGGCUUCCUAUCCUGCCAUCUCAUUGGCCAGUACCCUAGUACCUACAAGGCCUGUGUAGCCCGGAAUCCUGUUGUCAACAUUGCCUCCAUGGUGGGAAGUACUGACAUUCCUGACUGGUGCCUAGCAGAAGCAGGUUUACCCUAUGAUCAGUCUGCUCUCCCAGAUCCCAAACAGUGGACAGAGAUGCUACUUCAUUCACCUAUGCAAUAUGUUGAUAAGGUUCAGACGCCUGUUCUCCUAAUUCUAGGAGAAGAAGACAGACGCGUACCCCCCAAGCAGGGCUUAGAGUAUUACCAUGCUCUCAAGGCUAGGGGAAUUCCAACUCGGGUGCUAUGGUAUCCAGGCAAUAACCAUGCCCUAGCUGGUGUGGAGGCUGAGGCUGAUGGAUUCAUGAAUAUUGCACUCUGGCUGAUCCAGCAUAUGAAACUAUGACUUCAGAACCUGGGCUGCACCUAUUGUAAUCUCACCUCCCUAUUAAGCAGUGUGACGAGCUAACAUAAAUUCAGGUCUCUUCCAUUCAAAGGAGCCAUUGAAGAGGUUGGGUGCUCUGAUAGCUUUUGUUCAGGAUCUCUGGACCAUGGAGUUACAUAGAAUCAGGGACAAUGGAUAGCAUGUGUCCCAGUGGCCAGCUUAGUUAUGCCAGCAGCAGAGGUCAACCUGACCCCAAACCUAGUGCCACAUCUUGCAGUCUUAUCAGGAGUUUUACGGUUGUGGGUGGCUGAGAAGUGCCAGAUGAGAAAUGGUCCUGUUCAGUUUCCACAGAACUUCUGUCUUUAGCACUGGUCUUUGUGGGCAGACCUAGUAAAGGUGAUCCCAGAGGACCGAGCAGCAAAAGAUAAAAGACUUUAUUUAUCUCCUAAAUUCUUAGAUGCUGACUUGCAAAAUGUAAUUACUUAGACUUGACAAUGACUGGGCAUCAUCAGUUGCUGAGAUGAGAACUCCCUUGGGAUGGAAAGAGUAGAUUUUGGGGGAGAGGAAGGGGGUAGUGGUAUCAGCAAACAGGAAUUCCAAAGAAAAAGUGGUGAUUCAGAAGGGGAUUCCUUGAAUACAAUAUGCCCCUUUUGAAAACAGAAAAAUAGAUCAGGCUUGAUCACUAAUCUGGUAUUUCCUUACUACCACACAUUUUGUAGCUUUAAGUGUGACUAGAAACUGAAUGGUAAUGUGUACUACGCUCAAUUUAUAUUAUACUACUAACAAAGCCUGUUGUGUGUGUUUGGGGGGGAAAUGGGCUCUAGAAAGGGGAGGGCGGGCAGGCGGGCA